AUGGAAGCUCAUCACGUUCGCUCUACUAGCGUGCCCUCCAAGCAACAUCCUCUCUUUUCUGAAUAUGAUGAGCAGUUGUGCAGAUUAAGAUCCUCUGAAGCAGCGUCUUCAUCAUCAACUGUUGUAUGCAAACUAACUGGACUUGAAGAACUACAUGAUUGUGUUGAUAACUUACUCUGCCUACCUCUUAAUCAACAAGCCUUGUGUAAAGAGCAAAACCAGAAAUGUCUUGAUGAGAUUUUGGAUGGAUCUCUUAGAGUUUUGGAUGUAUGCAACACUGUCAAGGAUGUGUUGUUGCAAACAAAGGAAGCCACACAAGAACUUCAAUCAGUUAUGCGAAGAAGAAGCAGUGCUGAAGCAGAGCUGAGUAGUGAGAUUAAGAAAUUCUUGGCCUCUAGAAAAGUGAUGAAGAAGGCACUCCACAAGGCUAUGGAGAAGAGAUGCAACUUCAGUCCCCUUAACAAGGAUCAAGAGACAGUAGAAAUUGUUAGUGUGUUGAGAGAAGUUGAAUCAAUCACUCUAGCCAUUUUUCAAUCAUUAAUUUCAUUCAUCUCGGGGCAAAAUUCACAAUCAAAGUCAAAUAAAUGGUCAUUGGCUUCCGUGAUGAAGAAUUCGAAAAAAGUAUGUUGUGAGGAAGUAAUGGAAUCAAACAAAUUUGCUAGCGUUGAUGUAGCACUGUCUAUUUUCGUCGGCCAGAAGUUGAAGAAAUCAGAUAAUAAGUUUGUAGAGAAUGUACAAAACGAACUCAAAGCAUUAGAGUUGUGCAUUCAAGAUAUUGAAGGAGGAGUUGAGAGCCUUUACAGGCGUUUGAUUAAAACCAGAGUUUUUAUGCUUAACACACUCAACUACUAG